AUGGAAAAGAGUUGCGCGAUUGGUGAACCUCGAACGAAUUUGUAGCCUCGAACUCGUGCAGCUGCCCGCUCGCCAGCAUGCCUGCUGCAAAGGAGGCGAGCCGUCACACAAAAGCAAGAUGGAGGAUCUCACAGUCGAAGUAUGCGGCGAAAACGGAGCAUAUUAUAAGGCCUUUGUCGCCGAUGUCUUUGAGGACGAGGUUCUGGUAACUUUUGAAAAUGACUGGCAACCAGAAUCAAAAUUUCCAUUUGCUCAAGUACGUCUACCUCCAAAAGAUGGUCAAAAAUCUGAAUUUCAGGAGAACCAGGAGAUUGAGGUAUUUUCUAGGUCCAAUGAGCAUGAAGCAUGGGGAUGGUGGAAAGCGGUCAUUAAGAUGAGUAAAGGAGGUUUUCAAGUAGUUGAAUAUUCGGGGUGGGAGUGCGCUUAUACUGAAAUUGUAGCUAGUGAGCGACUAAGGGCAAAAAAUUCAAAUCCCCCUAUUGAUAAAAAUACGUUUUACAAGAUCGAAAUUGAAGUACCUGAAGAUCUAAGAGAGUUUGCCAAAAUGGAAAAUGCACAUAAGGAAUUUCAAAAAGCGAUAGGGGCGGCAGUGUGCCGAUAUGUGCCUGAACGAGGAGUAUUGCUGGCCAUCUCCCGUCACGAAAAUUUACAUCGUCACAGUAGCAUGCUCCAAGAAAUGCACUUUAGAAACUUAUCGCAAAAGGUGUUGCUUUUAAAAAGAACAGAAGAAGCAGCGCGUCAACUAGAAUCCACUAAACUUCAAACAAUCGGGGGCAAAUUUAGAUCUUCAAACUUUAUAUAUCAGCGUGUCUCAGACUUUGAGGCAGGAGUGAAAACAAAUUCAAGAUACACAGAUGAAUUUAAUGUUCGGGAAGACUUGAUGGGUUUAGCAAUUGGUGCUCAUGGCGCAAAUAUUCAGCAAGCUAGGAAAGUUGAUGGAAUUACGAAUAUAGAAUUAGAAGAAAAUUCGUGCACCUUCAAAAUAUAUGGAGAGACACACGAAGCUGUUAAAAAGGCUCGAUCUAUGCUCGAAUAUAGUGAAGAAUCUAUACAAGUACCGCGUGUUCUGGUAGGCAAAGUAAUUGGAAAGAAUGGUCGUGUAAUACAAGAAAUAGUUGAUAAAAGUGGUGUGGUGCGAGUAAAAAUAGAAGGAGACAACGAACCUCAACCAACAAUCCCUAGAGAAGAGGGUCAGGUGCCCUUUGUGUUUGUUGGUACUGUUGAAAGUAUUGCUAGUGCCAAAAUGUUACUAGAGUACCAUUUGGCACACCUAAAGGAAGUAGAACAGUUACGGCAAGAAAAAUUAGAAAUUGACCAACAACUAAGAAGCAUGCACGGUUCAACAACAGGACCAAUGCCCAAUUUUCCUCCAACAAGACGAGGAAUGAUUACCGGCCCAGAGGAAGGUGGUGGAGGUCGUGGAGGCCGUGGUGGUCAAUCUCGUGGACGUGGCAGGGGUAGGCCUUCCACCAGACACAAUGCCGGGUUACGCCGAGACACCUUAGACGGAAGUGAAGAUCGAGUAAGAGAUCUACCGCCAAGAGGUGGCCAUCAAGGUGCAGGCAAUUCAGGGUAUAUGGGUGGUAGACAAGGUCGUCCUCCAACUCAACGUAGAGAUCGUAGAGACGAACGUCGUCGAACAACCGAUGACGAAGACACAGUUCUCGACAGCCAAGAUGUUUCAAGCAUCGAUAGAGAGUCGGUAUCAAGUGUGGAAGGAGGACCUAAAGGUAUAAGGCGAAGACGGCUUCGGCGUUCUCGACAACGUAGCGUUACACCAACGAAUAAUCAAAAAGGCAGUAAUGCCGGCCCAGGCGACCAAUCAACUGUAACUAGUAAAGAAGGAACACCAGCAAAUGACGUUUCUACUACUAACAACAGUUCCCAAGGGCCUAAAGGCCAAAGAGAACCACGGCCUCGUCAUCCUCGUAUGCAACAGAGCAAUAAGCCUAAGGAAGCUCUGGUUAAUGGUACCAGUGGCUAAAUAACCUGUAUGGUCGACAGCUGCUACUUACAUAUAACACUACACCUGAUGAGAGCUAUUAACACCCGGCACAUAACAUGACGCAUACCUACGCAAGGACUACACGAUUAUGGAACGCGACAUGAUUUAGUCUACGCUCGUUGUUAAGACUGUUUGCUACCGAUAAGAAUACGACAGUUGUUUAAGAAAUCGUCAUUCUCCUUAAACACAUUUAAGGACACAUAUUAAUAUCCAUGCAUGGUUUAGUUUAAUGAUAGUAAUUAUGCUAUCAUGUUUGAUAUAUGGAUACAUUCAUUGGGAGAUAGUAGAAGCAUCUGGUAAAAAGAAAAAAGAAUCCCCUGAUUGUGAAACUGUGCCUCAUUUUUAUACCGAGCUCCCAACUUGUGUGACAGUAAUUCGGAUGUACUGUAAAGUACUUCUUAAUCAUUCGUGAAAUGAUCCAAUAAUAGGCUGGAUAUUCGUGGCUCGUACGUCAAUUAUCAAUUCGAACAUCUUUCUCCUAGAUAUGUCGCUACGUUCAUGGAAAAAUAACACAAUACGUACGGAGAUACAAAAUGUAAUCAAUUCAAUGUUAAUUUUUAUUUUUUUUAAUAAUGCAGUGUUUGCAGCAAGAAAUUGUUGACGCGUUUGUUACGAUUUUACGAUAUUGAUAUACGUUGCAAAAAGAGUACGUGUUUUGUGUUAUUUUUAUAUCGAUGUUAGAAAGAAAAUGAAAGAAAGCCAAGUGAAUAUAUUUGAUAUAUUUAUUUCGCGACAGAACUAGGAUGAAGCGUAAUGUGAUGCAAGACAAAAAAGUGGAUUUCCAUUGUUAGAUAUAACAAUGGUAGGCGGCAGCUGCAUGAAAUCUUGGUUAAAAGGCGUUCCCAAUGAUGUUCCUUCUAUUUACUUCACAAGAUUGAGUUUUUUUUUUUUUUUUUUGGUUUACGAUUAUUAGUAGAGUUAUUUAAUGACACUAGAUUUUUAUGUUUCAAUGCUGAGUGUUGAUUAAUAAUACCAUAAUGAAUGCUAAAAUGACUUAUUUGAUUGUGAAAGAACACAAAUGGAUGUGCACAAGACGUCGGUUUUUAUUUCCGGGUUCACUUUUCACGUAAUUUAGUCUUUUUUUUUUUUAUUACAGUCUAAGCAUACUAUAUCAAACUUUAGAAUUUGAUAUGACGUUCGUUUUUGCAUUGUUUCGCAUGAUUUAAAAAGAAAGUAAACGUAUACUUAGUAAUACCAAUGUAUGAUGUGCCAGAGAAGGAAUGAUACAUGUUUUAUGAUAUCUAGCUGAAGUGCAGACUUAGCGCAUACCUUUAUUACUAUAAUACUACUUAGUCGAAAUGUGGAUGUCUGAAAAAAUAAACUAGCUUUACUAUACUAAGCUAUAAAAUAGAUACGGCUAGCUGUUUUAAAUUGAUUAUCAGUGAAUAUGAAAAAUUAUCUGUCAAUUUAAAACAGUUGCCUCUUCUUCCGGAUAUGACAACAACUAAUCGGACGUGUCUUAUGGAUUUUGCAAAAACGCAUGGCGGUUGAUGCAACACAUUGACACCUAACAAAAUAGCUGCCAUUUUAUCUGAAUAUUCAUAUGGCAGCCAAAAAACUGAGAUAUCCCCCAACUUGCUUGUUUCAGAUACAUUUGUAUUGAUUGCAAUUUGUGCAUAAUUUAAGAAUAAAACAUUUCUGUACAUAGAGCGGUCAUUAGUACGAUGAACCACAAUUUUUUCAAAACAUUGAUAAUCAUUUUCUAAUCUUAA